ACCUAUAACAAUAAAAUAUUCGGAGAGGAGGAAAAUUAAUCAUAGGUCUCUUGCUCUAAAUGUAAAAAUAAUUCCUAAGUUUGGUCAAGUGUUUGUUGAUUUUGUAUGCAAUCAUUUUACUUUUCUAUUAUAAUAAAGUUUUACCAACAAAGGAGUGAUUACAUUAGUGUUAUUCUCUCUCGAACGAUCAUUAAAUGUCAUUGAAAAAACCAAUCGUCCAUUUCAUACAUGUGAUUGAAAUAAUUAAACUUCUGUGAUCACAAAAUUGAUUUCAAAGUGAUUGUAUACCUACACAAGUUACAAUAAAGUGAUAGUUUGCCCAAGUUUUCCAUUGUGACACUGGGUGGUCGGCAAACAUCUAUGAUCUUUGCCGUUCGCGAUCACCUGUUUUUGCACUCAACGGAUUUCAUAAUUAUACAAAUGCUAUAAAGAAUAUAUUAUACCCCUUGAGGGAUUAGAGAUGGUGGACUACUACAGAAUAUUGGGUGUAUCUCGGACUGCGACUGAUGCAGAGAUUAAAAAAGCUUACCGAAAACUGGCACUAAAAUGGCAUCCUGACAAGAAUCCGGAUAAUGCAGAUGAAUCGAACAGGCGAUUUAAAGAGAUAUCUGAAGCUUACGAAGUCCUUUCCGAUGAAAACAAGCGGAAAUUAUAUGAUGCUCGGGGAUCCUGUCACCACAGUCACAGAUAUUCAAGCAAGAACGGAGUUAAUGGCCAUCGACACUUUAGCUUCAAAGGUUUUUUUGGAGAGACACCAUUCCACCGUUUUUUUGAAAGAAAACGUCGCGUCUACGAUCAAUAUGGCAAAGAGGGGCUGAACAACAGCAGAGGGCGACAUUCCGCGGCUGAUGAGGACUAUGACUUCGGCUACCACAGUUUCCCCUUCAAAUUCCGAGACCCGGAGGAGGUGUUCAGAGAGUUCUUUGGCGGCUCUCCAUUUGGCGAGUUAUUUGCUGAUAUAAACGGGCACAGCCACCGCGGAGGCCGGCGCAGUCACCCGAGCACGUCGCUGACGUCGUCUCUAUUCAGCCCGUUCGGCUUCGGUAUGCAGGGCCUCGACGACAUCUUCGCGCACGCGGCGUCCAACGGGAACACGUUCACGUCGUUCUCCACGUUCAACAGCUCGAUGGCCGGCCCGGGCAGCGCCAACAUGCGCAGCACUACCACCAGUACAAGGAUUGUGAACGGCAAGAAGAUUACUACUAAAAAGGUCAUGGAGAAUGGUCGCGAGACUGUAAUGUCCUAUGAAAAUGGCGUUCUCAAAUCAAAGACUGUUAAUGGCGUACCUCAAUCUUUAACAUACAGUUAAAUAUAUAUCAUAUAACCAAACUCGAUCCAUAUGACAACUUACUCAAUACAAUACUAUGCGAGUAACAUGUUCCAACUUCUAAUUUAAUUUUGCUUAUUUUAAUUAAUGUAGUUACUGGCACUGUAAAUUUUGCGGUGAAAUUUCUAAACAAUACUUAAUUUAGUCAUAAGUCUCGCUUUUUAUUUUUUAUAUUCAAUUAAAAGUGAGCCAAUUGCAAGUUUGUACCAUUUUUCAUUUAAAAUAUUUCACGCAUCAGGACUAUUUGGCCGAUUCUUGAUCUCAACCUCGAACGAGCAUUGUGUAUUGGUUUUGAUACUCCUAUUUUACAGUCAACUAUAGGUUAGUGUCAACUUGCUGGUCAGUUUAUAAUAUGUAAACGUACGGGGCGCCAUUUAUGAGUAAGGAAUUAUAUGAUUACUUCUAGCUUAUGUGGCUCUAAAAAUUUUCAUGUAAUGAUUUUUAUAAAUGUAGUUUAGUUGUUUGAUUUUGUUAAUACCUUUACUGCCACGUUGGUUAAGCUCUCGAGUGUGGCAUUAUAUAAUAUGAAGCUUAAAAUUUUUGCUUCAUAUAUGAUAUGAAUGUUAGAUAAAAUUUUACAAUGAUGCCAAAAAAAGGUAUGGGGUUAUAUAUUUAGUUACAAUUGUGUCGUUAACGACGUAAAGCAAUUUCAAUUUAUAAGAAGUCAACUGCUCAGGGGACUUGAGUUCCAGACUACCCACGUGGGUUAGUCAUAGCUUUUAGUCUAUUAUCACAAUAUGAUUCUUUACUCUUUAGUCGUAAUAUGAUAUAUUAUGUUAGUAUAAAAUAUAUUUGUAUUAAUUCACAAAUUUUGAAAAUUACUCUUAUGAAUAUUAUUUACACACUGGUGUUUCUUUUGUUUAACGGCAUUUAUUGUAUAGCAAUGUAAUUAAAACGCCAUUAUAUAUUAUGGACCAAGAUCCCUUGUUCGCCAGACAGACUACUGUAUUUAGAUAGAAGUUUUAUCUUGUGUAUACUCUAUUUUUCUUAAGCUGGAUAGAAAAAUGUCACUAGUUUUUCUGUAAAAAAAAUUUUCUUACUCCAAACAAUGAAACCUCUCAAAAAUGAAUGUUAAAGAAAAUUAUUUUUAUGUGUUCAUCAGGGUAGUAAUUUGAACAUAUAUUAAAAACUGCAGGACUCUUAUGAUGUCGCGAUACCCUAAUCUGCAAAAAUAAAUAUUACCUUUUUUGAGUUGAGUAAUCAUCUAAAAAUAUUCAUAAUUUAAUUACCCAUAUUUUAUUUCUUGAAAUAUCUUUGAAUAAUUCUAUUAUGUAAUCUUAAAGUGUUGCAGUACCUCUGGCAAUCCAUGGGAUCUCACUUUAUUAACAUAAAUGAUAAAUUAAUCUGCCUUUGAUGUUAAUUAAAUGUAAUAUUUAUACAUAUAUAUUGAUAUAUAUACAUAUACAUAUAUAUAUAACACGAUGAGUUUUUGUCACGGGCAAACGUAAUUCCUUAAGCGCAACCAAGUUGUUUCAUUAAAUAUUUUGUUGACAUUCAAUUGAACUAGCUGAGCUAAACUUGUGUUCUUAUUGCCCUAGAAAGAAAACUGACGAAAUCACUACAUAUCCUUAUGUUUAAUACACACGUGGGUAUUUCAGCUUUAUCGCUUUAAUAGUAAAUUAUGAUUAAAAAGGCUGUGACGAAGCAGGAUUUCUACUUUAUUAUUACUCAACAAAAGUAUUACAACACUUAGUAGCAGAUUCGUUUUUCGUAAAAAUAAGUAUCUCUUGUUCAUAUCAAUUUUUUUUUUUGGCAAAGCAAUCAGGCCGCUAUUGCCGUUGAAAUGCGGGAUUGAUAUUCUGCCGGUUCGGAAAUAUUUCUAUGCAUUCAAUUUACAUAUGCAUCAUGUUUCUUCAAAGUGUAGAACACUUAAAUAGAAAUACAAAAUUAGUUUAUAAUUUUGGUUUGAAAAUCUUGGGUGCGAUAGCUACAAUUAAGCAUGCCCAUGUAAAAAACUCAUUUGUAUACUUUUUAUAAUAAAUAGAUGUCAUGCAUGAACAACACUUUCCAGAAUUGUACAAUAAAUAUUUUUAAUGUUAGGGCGAUGUAAGUAUAUUCAAGGUCAACCAUAUUGUAACUGGUUGAUAUUCCUUAACUCAGCAACAAAUUGAAAGUUUAACGAUUAAGAUUGUCAAAUAGUUAUCAAUAAUAAUUAUAUUUUGCUAUGCUAAUUUAGUAGGUACUUAAUAAUUCUAAUUUAUGUUGCAAGAAUUUUUACUCCUUUUGUUUAAAAUUAACUGUGAAGCUUACGAUACUUACGUUCAUUUAGGUUUUAGAUCCGCACAUAACAGGAGUUCUUGCUAUUUACACGAGUGCCAUUGCUAUUCUAGAUUCUCUUCUAUUUUACCAUCGUUGAUUUUCAAAAUAAUUGUAAAUAGAUUUAAUAAUUAAUAUUAAAUGGUUUUCAAUAUUUUGUGUUCCGCAAAAUUAUUGUCAGCAAGUAAUGGGCACUGCGAAAUAAAUAAAGAAACUUAAUUGUAA